UGUGGAUCCUCAUAUUCUAUGAGCGUACUUCUAGUGCGCCACUUCAUCCAUGGGCGGGUCCGCGUCGCCGCUGGUCCCGGAGGGAUGUCCAGAAUCGGGUGGGUUUUUCGUUCUUGUUCCGCUGCAAGACUAGACAAUACUCUCGAGUGUCUUGCACUUUGGGCUUGCAUUCUCGAACGAAAGUGUGGCGCUGUCUCUUGCGUGGCCUCCGUCACCUUCUCUUCCAGGGUCUGCUCUGAUGCGAAAUCGACUUCUCUCAGCUUCGACGAAAUCAGCUUCGACGAAAGACGGCUCCGUUCUGGUGCUCCCUGACUGUCGAGUUCCCCGCACGCGCUGUUCCUUUCCGAGGCCUGAGUUGAUGGACUCCGUACGAUCCACAUGGACUAAGUGGUUUCUUGCGUUCUGACAAUGAAGGUUCCAGGACUCCAUCCACCGGCGGAAAGCGGAAAGGUUGGAAUACGCCUGAUCCCAUAAUUAUUGCAGUUACCUAACACCGGACCUCACAUCUGGCAAACCUGACAGGUUAGAACGCGCUAGGCGUCGUUUGGAGUUUUCGUAACCUGCUGUUCGAUGGGUGAUGACGCUUCAUUCUGUGUUUCGGGUUGACCGCCGGCUAGGGCACAGUUGGCAUGCAUGUCGUAUGGAUUCAGGCUCAGGCUAUCCUGGACACGAACUCCACUGUCGCCCUGAUUCGCAACUGCAUACUACCGGCUCCAACGCCAUUAUCGCUGCAGACGUAAAUUAACCGUCUUGCUCGCUCGCUGGAAGCUGCACACGAUGAAAGGGACAUGUGGAUGUGCAAUCCGUGUCAAGACGGUUCACCCUACCUCGAAGGCGAUCAGUGGAUGUCUCAUGUAGAACACCAGACUCGCCGUUGCUCCACCAGCUCCGAGCCCUUGCAGGGACGGCGAUGCUUCGGGGUUGUGAAUCCGUGCACUCCUCGGACACCCGC